AUGUCGGAACAACUAGACAUGUUAAGUAAGCCUGAGUAUGCUGAGGCACUCACCCGGCGUCUAGAAUCUACCAUUACCAAUUUAAUCCUGAAACAGCAAGCGUUGGCGAAGCAAAUGGAGACAUAUCAACAACUCCACAACCAAAUCAAAACUAAUGAAAGAAUACGAACAAUCGAUCAGGGAAAGGUGAUGGUGAUGCUAGGCGACGGGUACUAUGUAGAAAAAAGUGUCGAGGAUGCUCAUAUCUUUUUGGAUGGGCGUAUAGACAGCUUGAAUGAUGCUGUGCUAGACUUGAAUAACAAGAUCAAUGAGGCUAAUGCUACGCGAGACAACCUUGAGCAGUUCAAGCAGAUGACACUAGGUAAAGAUGAACAAGAGGAAGUCGAACAGGAAGAAGAGAAGUUGAAUGAAGAGGGAUUACCAUUUAUGGACAUUCAGGAAGGCUUGGAUGACGAUGAUAAUGUCAUUGAGGUGAAGAUCAAUAACCGAAGUGUACAGAUCCCCAAAGUAACGGAAGUCCUACCACUUAAAACAGAGUAUCAGUACAUCGAAGAAAGCCUUGAUGAUGUCAUUCACAGCAGUAAUGCUACAGACAAUAAACAAAAUGUAUCAGAAGAAGUAGAAGAAGAACCAAAGUCCAAAUUAGAAUCAGAGUACAACUCCAACAUCGAUGACCAAUUGACAGAGUUGUUUGAAGAUAUGGAAAUAAUAGACAAGCAGCAUAAGACGGUGAUAGACAACAACACGCCUAUAGACCCUCAUGAUUUACUAGAGAAGAUCGAUAAACUAAGAAUCAGUCCGGAAGAUAAGUUCCGGUUGAAGCAAAUUUGUUUAGAAGAGUAUCGUAAGAUAUACGGAGAUGAUGCUACAAAGGGUAUAAAUUUAGAAUCGGAUUUAGCUGAGGAAGAUGCCAAUGUAACUCCUGAUAUAAUGGAGAAUUCACUUGAUGAAGUCAAGGGUAAAGAAAGAGAAGAAGUAUUGGCCUCCAUCAUUAGAGAGAACCAUUUGGAUACGUCUACCACCAGUACUCCGUUGGGCAAGUCUUAUAAUUCAAUAGAUAAGAAUGAUAUAUUGGAGCUUGAGAUACUUGCGGAUGAAUUCGAUGACACUGUAGAAGGAGACGAUGAAGGAGAUGAUUCCGUGAACAACUUUGCCGAUAAUGAAGAGUGGGAUUUUGACUUUUCUGAAGAAGAAGACGAUGCCGUCGAGGAUGAGGUCGAGGAUGAGGACGACGAUGAAGACGAUGACGAGGACGAUGGGUAUGGAGAUGAUAUACUAUAUGGUAACAGAUCAUUAUCGUUGGGUCCAUCACAGAAUGAAACUGUCACUAACCGAUUAUGGGAUGAAGUGAUAAAAUUAAGGCAGCUGAGAGGCGAGGAAGGUAUACCUGUCAAUUCCAAAAAGAAGAAGUCUGUCAGAUUUGCCGACAAUUUAGAAAUUAACGAGAUCGAGAACAUAAGUGAAGAGUUAAAGAAUAUGAGCUUAGAGCCAAGCAAAAAGCUAUCGCUAUUCAGACAAGAACGUAUUGUUCAAAAGCAUGAGACAAUAUCAGAUAUCAUGGAAUCGAAGGAUGAAGUGUAUGAAAAUGAAGAUGCUAUCCUGGAUGUAGUAGAACGAGAUAUAGAUGACUCAGAGUCAGAUAUUCCACCCCCUUUACCAGCUAGAAAAGUUUCUAGAUUCAAACAAAGCAUUAGUAAUGACGGGUCCCAAAGGAUUCAGUCUCAGCCUAAGAUCAUUAAGGAUGCAUCGUCGCCAAUUGGAGAGCCUCUUGAUAGACGUGUAUUGAUCAGUCAGUCUAUUUCUGAAAAUGAAGACGAACAGCUUGGUGAUAAAGCCGUUGAUACAGUGCUUAGCGAAGCCAUUAUUGAAAAAGAUAUUGUUGAAAAUGAAGACAGUCAGAUCUUGAGUGAGUCUAUAAUCGAGAGAGAAGUAAGUUCCAUAGAAGCAAUUGUGAGUGAACCUCAGGAAAAGCCCAAAAAGGUGUCACGCUUUAAAGCUAAGAAGCUCGAGGAGUUCCCUCCACCAGAAGAGGUUUCAACUGAAGCUUCAACACCAGCUGAAACUCCAGAGGAAGAUGAACAGCAGAUCAGAGAAACGACAUUAGACUACCAUUCUUUACAGAGUGAUGUGGACUCCAUGGCCAAAGCGUAUGUCUUGGGAUUGUACGAUGAUGAUAUUGAGACGCAUGGGCCAGUUGUCAAUAAGAUGGAAGACUUUGAAAUCUUGAACAGGAUGAUUGAAUCAAUGCCAUCGAAGACCGAUACGAGUAAACAACAGAAAAAUAUGGGGGACAUAUCGAAUAUGCGAUUGCAGGAUCUGCAUGUAUUUGAUGCUGACUUGGAUGAAAUUGUAGGAGAUGAAUACGAAUACGAAGAAGAAGGAGAUGAAGUAGACGAACAACAACACGACGAAGACGAAGAUGGGCCCAUAUUGCUUGAGCAAAUUGUCGAGAAUGACACGGCAAUGGAUAUCAACGAUGAGGCAUUUGAUGACUCCAUACUACAACAAGAAAUCAUAACCAACUAUCACAAGUUACGACAACGAAUUAUCUUUGAAAAUAAAAGUAAAGGAUACCUAAAAACGGAAGAGGAAAUGGAGUUUGAACCUAUUGACGAAAACGGCAAUACUGUUAAAGUAAGUAGAUUCAAAGCUGCCCGAAUGGGAUAA